AUGACGAAUGAUCGACAACGAGCUCAGGACUUGUUGAACCGAGCCGACAAGAUCUUGGCUGCGGUCGAUGAUUCCUACAUUAUCAAGGAACGAGGCCACCGUCCUCGUCCCAUGCCCAUGUUCAGGCAUACAGAAAUUGAACUUGGCCGAACGCUGGGUGCCGGUGGAUUUGGAGUUGUCAAUGAAGUUACGGCCUUUGAUUUGGAAAAAGAACCAGAAAUAUCCACAGAAGGUGAAAAGGAAGAAGAAAGCAAAAAGGAAGACGGCGAUUCCAAAAAAGUUGCAAUCUCCAACACUCCGGGUGGAGAUUUGUACGAAGACGACGCUCAUUAUGAAGUCAGUGUUGCUCGAGAGCUCAUGGCCAAUCGAUGCUUGCGAAGGGGCGUCACAAGAUACGCCCUCAAACGGUUACACGACAAUCUAUCUGAAGUCGAAAAGGCCAGAGGAAUGAUCGACCUUGCAGUGGAAGCCAAGUACCUGAGUGUCGUCUGGCAUCCGAAUAUCGUAAAGAUGCGAGGAGUGGCUGCUGGAAGCUAUUUGAAUCAAGAUUUCUUCAUUGUCAUGGAUAGAUUAUUCGGGACAUUGGAUCAGAGAAUAAAUGCUUGGAAGAAACUCCUUUCCAAAAACAGUGGCUGUUGUUGCGGAUUUGGCAAAAAUCAUGAGGUAUUCAUGCAGGUGCUCAAAGAACGAAUGAUUGUGGCAUAUGAUUUGGCUGUGGCAUUCAUGUAUCUGCACGAGAAUCGAUUGGUGUACAGAGAUAUCAAACCCGAGAAUAUUGGCUUUGAUGUGCGAGGCGAUGUGAAGGUGUUUGAUUUUGGUUUGUGCAAGGACUUGGAGCCUCGUCUCAAGUGCAAGGACGGGGGCUAUGGCUACAAAUUGACAGGGCGGGCGGGUUCAUUACCAUACAUGGUUCGUUCAUAG